CAGGAGUUGGCGAGCGGUACGUCCAUUUGCUGGACGAGCCCGAGGUGUACACAUGCCACGAGCACUUGGGGAUCCCCACCAUCGACUCCAGCUUCGGGACCGCGCCAGAGAUCUGGAACGCCAUGUUCGGGGCCGUCCAGCAGCUCGUGCCGCCCGAGAUCUUGGCAAACAAGGAGUUGAUGCAGGGGCUCUCCCUGUUCUCCAUGCCCAUCAUCCGAGCCGCCGACGCCCUCGUCGGCUCCACGAACGCCAUGCGCGUCGACGCGUUCUCCGCGGACGGCGCACGGCAGACGCUCCGGGUGGCGCACCCCGACCUGGAGAGUUGCGUGGGACUCGGCACCGCGGCCUUCGCGGCGGCCUCGGGCGUGAGAAGCGCCGGAGACGCGCGCGCGCGAUCUCCAAUCCACGCCCUUAUCACCCGCGGGACAGGAAUUUGAAGGCCACCAAGAGAGUAGGUCCCAUAGGAGGG